AUGUCCGCCUCCUUCUCGUCCUCCUUUACGAUAGAGAGCAUUCUUUCACGGCCGACCCAUCAACGAUGCAUGCCGUAUUCAAUUCCACACCCGUACCCAAUUAUGCCCUUGGCACAGGGUUAUAUAGGUACAGUACUUUUGUGUCUUCACAUUGCGACGCGUCUCAACAAGUAGAUAGUUUUUCUCCCUUUUCACAGCAACCGAUACCUGCAGAUGUUGGACAGCUGUCGAUCUAAGCCAGCUCUGUUGCAGAUUAUGGAAGGAUACCUUCCUUCACGUGGUGCCAUUUGAGAGACCAUCAACACAUCAAGGACUUUAACGACUUACAACUCUCACAAUCUCGCUAACACCUUAAUUCCUUCUACUCUUGAUACUCUUACACCCACAGAUUAAGGUUUCAAAAGCUUAGCGUACUCUCAUAACAGAUGCUUACUGUAACUGCAGGGCAACUACGUGAAGACAAACAGACUAAGUUAUCCUUCCUCUCCGUUCUAAUUUUUAAUGUCUGCGUCAAUCGAAUUUUCAGGAUUUCCACGCUUUGGCGAUCUUCUACGCACGCAGCCGAAGCGUAAGAGAAGGCAUCGAACGAUAUUUACAGAAGAACAACUCGACCUGCUGGAGGGUACCUUCCAGAAAACGCACUAUCCUGAUGUUCUCCUCCGAGAAGAAUUAGCGAUGAAGGUCGAGUUGAAAGAAGAACGCGUCGAGGUGAGUCAACUUCACUCCUAG